CAUUUUAGGUUUUCUGAGAAAUUACAGCCUAAACGUUUUGUUGGUGACUGGCACUGUGCUAGAUACAUAACUAACCUGUUGUGAUUUUUUGUCUUGCAUUAAGGUUACAUUAGAAUGUGCUGAUACAUUACAAUAAUACAAUACAGUGUUACAUUAAAGUAACAUACUUAUUAUUUUAACAUAAUACUUUAAUUUUAUGUGUCUCUGUUUUUACAUAGAUUGUUUGUCAGUCUGAAAUGCCACCACGCAUCACCCCCCUUAAGGAUGCAAUGCAUCAUGUUGUGUCGAAGACUGACAAAACAUUCAAAUUAGAGGUUAAUUUUAUCAAUGCAGUGAAAGGACGCGGUCUAUUUGCAAAGGGUCCCUUUUGCAAAGGGGAUUUUGUUGUUGAGUACAGGGGUGAUUUAAUUGAUGAUGCAGAACUGCAGAGGAGAAGAAAACGCUACCAUGCAGCCUGUGCUGCAUUUUUGUUUGAGUUCAAAUGGAGAGGGAAAUUAUGGUGUAUUGACGCCUGUAGAGAAGAUGGAUCAUUUGGGCGCAUAGCUAAUGAUGACCACAAAAAACCAAAUUGUAAAAUGAAGAAAGUUGACGUGAAUGGGAAGCCACACCUUUGCUUGUUUGCCCUAACGGAAAUUAAAGAAGGAGAAGAAAUAACGUAUGAUUAUGGAGGAGAUGACUGCCCAUGGAGAUCUCAAAUGACAGCUGGUGACUCUGAUCCUUCCUUCCAGUCACAUUCUGAGAUUCUUGAUAAAUCUGGUCAACAGGACUCUUCUCAAAAGUUGACCCGCAUUGCUGCCAAUUCCAAGUCAGCUGGUGACUCUGAUCCCUCCUUCCAGUCACAUUCUGAGAUUCUUGAAAAAUCUGGUCAACAGGACUCUUCUCAAAAGUUGACCCGCAUUGCUGCCAAUUCCAAGUCAGCUGGUGACUCUGAUCCUUCCUUCCAGUCACAUUCUGAGAUUCUUGAUAAAUCUGGUCAACAGGACUCUUCUCAAAAGUUGACCCGCAUUGCUGCCAAUUCCAAGUCAGCUGGUGACUCUGAUCCUUCCUUCCAGUCACAUUUUGAGAUUCUUGAUAAAUCUGGUCAACAGGACUCUUCUCAAAAGUUGACCCGCAUUGCUGCCAAUUCCAAGUCAGCUGGUGACUCUGAUCCUUCCUUCCAGUCACAUUCUGAGAUUCUUGAUAAAUCUGGUCAACAGGACUCUUCUCCAAAGUUGACCCGCAUUCCUGCCAAUUCCAAGUCAGCUGGUGACUCUGAUCCCUCCUUCCAGUCACGUUCUGAGAUUCUUGAUGAGUCUGGUCAACAGAUUGUGACACAGCUCCAAAAUGAAAAUGAGAUUUCUGUUCCAAGACUGAGACGGACUAAAAGUAUAAUAAUGAAAGAGACAGAUGCUCAAAAUUCUGAUGAGCUCUUUGAUUCUACACCAGAGAGUUCUGAUAAUUACAUUCCAGAUACCACUUCUGAAAGUGAUAGUGAUGCUAGCCUUACACUUAACCCAACAAAACAUCAGCUUCUUAAUGAUGAACUGGAUGUUUGUGAGUCUGACUCUGAGAGUUCCCCUGAUUGUGGCACAGCAACGUCAGACAAAACACACACCUUUACAUCUGAGGGACUUGGAACAAGAGAAGAACCCAGUUCAAGUCAGAACGAGAUCGAUGGAAUAGUUGUCAGUGCAUACCAAAAAAGAGAUGGUAAAAGAGUGUACAACAAGAGACAUUAUUGCUUGUAUUGCUCCAAAUCUUAUGCUAAGAUGGCAAGACAUCUAGAAAGUUCACAUGGAGAUACUACUGAUGUGGCUAGAGCUCUAAGUUUUCCUAAGGGUUCAAAGGAGAGAAAGAAACAGUUGGAUUAUAUUCGCAACAAAGGAAACUAUGCUCACAAUGCAGCCGUUAUGAAAUCAGGGAAAGGAGAACUGGUGCCAUUUAAGCGGCCAUGUAAAAAAGUGCAGGGAGAAGAGUUCAUGCAUUGUGCAUACUGUCAAGGACUUUUUACAAGAAAGGUCCUGUGGCGACAUAUGCGUACUUGUAAACUUAAACCUAAGUCAGUCCCCCCAAAACCCGGAAAAAACCGGGUUCAGUCCAUGUGUACAUACACAGGGCCUGUGCCUUCAGACAUGACCAAACAGCUGUGGGGAGUAAUCAGUGCCAUGAAUCCUGACCCAAUCACAGAUAUAAUAAAAAAUGACAAAGUAAUAACUGAUCUAGGGCAGCACUUGUUAAACAAAGGUGGGCUUUCGGCCAAGAAUAAACAGUGUGUGCGGGAGAAGAUGCGAGAAUUGGGAAGGUUAGUUCACAAUGCUAGGAGAGUCACCUCCUUAAAAACACUGGAAGAUUGUGUAAACCCAUUUAAGUACAUGGAGACUGUCAAAGCUGUCAAGUAUACAUGUGGGUAUGACAGUGAAACUGACAAGUUCAUGAUUCCAUCACUUGCAAACAAGCUUGGGAAUUCCCUGGUUAAAGUAAGCAAACUCUUGAAAGCUCGGGGCUUAAUCUCAAAUGACCAAAAGCUUGUGAAGUAUGCCAGUAAUUUUCAAGAGGUCCAUGCGAAUAAGUGGAAUGAGCUGAUCUCAUCUACAGCAUUGAGGAAUAUCAGGGAAGCAAAGUGGAAUGUGCCUACUCUUAUGCCCUUUACUGAAGAUGCCCAAAAAAUGCAUGCAUUUCUCAAUGAAGCUCAUGACGAGGGUUUCAAAUUACUCUCUGAAAGUCCUUCUACUACAGCUUGGAUGGAGCUGACAAAGGUAUGUUUAUCUCAGAUUAUACUUUUUAAUCGACGCAGGGAAGGAGAAGUGGCGAGCAUGCCUUUAUCUGUAUUUUUAUCAAGAGACACUUCUGAACCACAUGAGGAUGUGGAUUGGGCACUCUCUGAAGUGGAAAAAAAACUCUGCAGACACUUCACAAGGGUUAUCACCAGGGGAAAGCGUGGUCGACCAGUUCCAUUUCUUCUGACUCCAAAAAUGCUGAGCGCCUUGGAACUCCUUGUUGAGCAAAGAGAGAUUUGUGGGGUUUUAAAAGACAAUACCUAUAUGUUUGCAAGACCAGGCGCCAUGACACAUUUUCGAGGAUCAGACUGUCUCCGUGACUUUGCAAAGGCUUGUGGUGCAAAGUGUCCCAAGGCACUGACAUCUACCAGACUGCGAAAGCAUGCCGCAACCCUUUCAACGGUGCUGAAUAUGACAGACACUGAGAUGGACCAGCUGGCAAACUUUCUUGGACAUGACAUAAGAAUCCAUCGUGAAUUCUAUCGACUCCCUGAAAAGACCCUGCAACUUGCCAAGAUCAGCAAAGUUCUAAUGGCUCUUGAACAAGGAAGAUUAGCUGAGUUUCAUGGCAAGAACUUGGAUGAAAUUGGGAUAGAUCCUGAUGAAAAAGUUCUGGAAAGUGAUGAGGAAGAUGAGACCAUACAGGACGAACACUGUUCAUCUACCUUUGUUGAACCAACACAAGAAGAGAUUAUUCAUCCUGCAGAAAUUAAUGAAAUGCCACCACCACCCAAGAGUCGAAAACCACCAUCACCAGAUGAAGAGAUGCCUGCAGGAGCCAGUGGUGUGAGGCCUUCUUCCAAAGGUAAAACUAACCACAAGAAAAAUCCCUGGCAGAAGGCAGAGGUGGAGGCAGUGGAAAGGCACAUGAUGCGGUUCAUCACAUCUUGUACCGUACCAUCGAAGAGUCACUGUGAGAAGUGUUUGAAGGCUGAACCAGAAGCACUAAAGAAACGUGACUGGAAGAGCGUGAAAUUCUUUAUAUAUAACCGCAUUACUGCCUAUAAAAGAAGUUUGCAUUGCAAAUAAGUUUGAAGGUUACCAACUCUCUGGUAUGGCAGUUUUUGUUUUUUGCCAUUUUCUUGUUUUUGCACUUUGGAGGUAAGUUGUUCUAUAAAUACCUACACCGGAGUUUUGCACUCUUUGUAGUCGAUUUCUAAAUUUGUGUUUUUUAUUCUUUUAUUUAUUUUAUUUUUUAUGAAGAAAAUUUGUUUUGGGGGUUCAUUUUACCUCAUAUGUCAUGUGUUUAAUAAACACAUUAAAAGUUAAUUUCAACAUAUUUAAUGUCUUGAUGGUCAUUUAAUAGUUUCUUUCAGAUUUAUUACUGUGGUGAACUAAUAGCUGAUGGUUGGUAAAGCAAUAUCAAUGGAGUGUUAUAUAGAUGUAAAUCAGUACAGCUGUGAUUAGAGGCAUAAGGAUGCAAGUUCAGUACAGUAGACAAUCAUAAUCAAACUAAAAUAGUGCUUUAUCACACAACAAUCAGAGCAAUAUUUUGUUUAUACAACAGUUCAAUGGCACGUGUGUAAAAAACAAAAACGGAGCAUCUUAAAGCCUAUUUUGUGUCAACUACUUCCUUCCACACAAAAGCCCAGAAUGUCAGUUAACUCCCUUACGAAAAUUAACCGUGGUUUUACUACAGUUAAAAAAAAAAACAUGGUUAGUGUAGUAAAACCAUAGUUUUGCUGAUAGUAUUCAAUACACCAAAACACCAUGGUUACUACACUUUUAUUACACAAUUUGUUUAUAAACAGGGUUUGGCAGGUGAAUGUGUGAGUGUCUGUGGCACAUUCUACUAUACACACAUCUAUGACCGUACGGCACAAAUGGUAAAACAAAGCCUUCCAUACUGAUGCUAAAAUGAUCAGAAAGAACUGUUGUUUAUUACAGUUAAAGAACAGUUUGAAGUGGAAUGGUUUAAAGGAUUCUUUUGUAUGCCUGAUAGUUGGAAAAUAUCCAGGCAAUAAUUUACUACCAUUGCAAUAUGUGAAAAGUUCACUGCAAACUUUAAUCACACACGCUAAUUUUAACAAACAUUUUGUAUGGUUUGAUGAUGGCUAAAUGUACAGUAUAACACUUAAGUUGAAUCUUUGCAUCACUAAUACCAUUUGCUGGUGUCACUACACAUGAAUAACCAAUCGAAGCUAAAUUUAAACUGAUAGUGUUUUGUGUAU